GGUAAAUAGUCUCAGACUACAGGAACGCUAUCUCUGAAGGCAGUCUGAACAAGUUUCAUCGAGCAUUAUGCUAAGGGUCUGUGACUGAGUUGGCUUGAAUCGCUGCUUACAACUGACGCCCUACCCACACAAGAUCACGUUUUGAUUUGUCAGCAGAAGUGAUAGGCCUGUGGUUUCUAAGCAAAGCACAUCUCUAGAAAUUGGGAGGACUGACCUCACUUCAGAAUGUGGCUAGGCUUAUGGUACCAUAAGGUUUUGAGCUUGAAUUGUAUUCCAAGAAAACAAAUAACUAUAUAUAUAUAUAUAUAUAUAUAUAUAACAACCUAUCCACAUUUACACCGGAAAUGAACAUGCAGGUCUGAGUCAAGGUCACUUAGCAAUGGAUGUUUUUUUGGGGAUGUUAAUGUUGUCACACGCCCCCUAGUGUCUGGUGCUGGCAAUGCACCCAUUUUUGUGACCCUGUACUUUGGUACCGUUUAACAACAAAAAGUACACGGUCACAACCCUUCCUCAGAAAAUUGCUCCAUCCCCAGCAUCAGACACUAGGGGACCCAUUCUUCUGAAUUUCACAAAAAUGCCUGUAUUUUGUGACCAUGAUUUACGCUAUAAUGUAUUUUGUCAAAUAGCCAAAAUACAAUUUGAACAGAAAGGACUGCAGGUAGUAUGGUUGUGGAGGUGGUUUGGGUAACAUGGGGGGAACCCUCAGCUAGGUUGAGAGAGAGAGAGAGCAUACAAAAACUGCAAUGUAGCCUACAAAUCACUAAUGUGUAUGAUUAUUAGGCUGCAUUGACUCUUCUGAGUGUGUACUGAACACUGCACCUGGAAAUCUUAAGCUUCUUUGCAAUUUCUUGCAGGGAAUAACCUUCUUGCCACAAAACAUUAAUGUUUACUUGGCCCCGUACAACUAAGCCUAGCAUUUUAUUCUUUACCAUACUUCUUGCAACUGUAAUGCCUAUUUUGCUUGCACUUGAGACUAAAAGUAUUAGGAUUCCUGUGGUUUAACAAAAAACCAAAAACCAAAAAAAAAAACUAAGGUAGAUAAUAUUUAAUUCAAUUCAAUUACUCAGUUCUACUGGUUGUUGCCAAUAUAUUUCCUCAUUGGUGGAGCUCCCCCCCGUCAUCUCUAUUGUGACUGGCUCAUCCAUAUUUUAUUAGUCUUGGUGUGUUUCCAUUGGCCGGGCCUGAUGUCAGGCAUCCUGCCUGCCAAAUUUAUAGAGGGACUACGCUGUGUCAGUAUGUAAUCAAGCGAACGUGAAAUGUAGACAAAAACUGUAGAUAUACCCGUUCACAUAUGUAACACUUUGCCAAUUCAAGAAAAGCAGGUGCUGUUAUCUUCUUCGAUUCUGAUUGUAUUUUAUCCCUGCCAAGCAAAGGCAGUUUAAAUAUAUAAACGUAUUUAUGUAGCAACAGUUUCCUUAGUCCUUUUAUUUUUCUCUUCCUGGUUUGAGAGCUUUGUUCAUUUCAAACCCCUCCCAGUUAAGUCGGCCAAUCAUAUCAGAUGGUCACAGGCUCUGACCUACCUUUGCCACCAAUCACGCUUAGAUAUUUGUGUAUUUAGGCAAUUCACUUCGCAUUUAUCAUUCCGUUGUUACCUUCGAGUGCAGGUUCAGCAAAAAAUACAAGGUGCUUUGAAGAUGAAGGCUCUCUGCGUAACCCUUCUCCUCCUCUCCGAAGCGUAUGGUCUGCUUGGGAAGAAUGUUGAUCAGCCUUACGCGCUGGUGAGAGCUCAGCUUGGAGACACUGUGACUCUCCCAUGUUUCCAUGCUAAAGAUUUUGUGUCCUGUGCCAGCUGGUUUAAGCAGAGUCUUGGAGAGAAGCCCCAGAUUGUAGCAAUAACAAUGAACCCUGAAUCAGAUGCUAUAUUUUUCAAUGAGUUUAAAGACAGCACGCGCCUCAGUGCUAAAGCAGCGAAGGGGAGCUUUAACCUGACUGUGUCACGAGUAGAGCUGUUGGAUUCAGCAACAUACUACUGCAGUAUUACGCACUUCAAUGAGAUCAGCUUUGGAGAUGGAGCUACUUUAAUGGUGACGGAUGGCCUAUUUGGGGAGAAUGUUGUUCAGCCUGAAGCGCUGGUGACAGCUCAGCUUGGAGAAACUGUGAUGCUCCCGUGUUUUUUUCCUGUGCAAGUUGAGCCCAGUUUCAGCUGGUUUAAGCAGCCUAUUGGACAGAAGCCUCAGCUAUUAGCAAGGAUACGGAACUAUGAAUCAGAUCCCACAUUUUACAAUGAGUUUAAAAACAGUAGACGCUUCAGUGCUAAAGCAGCGAAGGGGAGCUUUAACCUGACUGUGUCACGAGUAGAUUCGUUUGAUUCUGCAACAUACUACUGCGCUAUUACACAGUUCAGAAAGAUCAGCUUUGGAGAUGGAACUACUUUAAUGGUGAUGGAUGGCCUAUUUGGGGAGAAUGUUCUUCAGCCUGACGGUCUGGUGACAGCUCAGCUUGGAGAAACUGUGAUGCUCCCGUGUUUCUUUACUGUGCAAGUUGCAUCCAAUUUCAGCUGGUAUAAGCAGCCUCUUGGAGAGAAGCCUCAGCUGUUAGCAAGGAUAUGGAGCUAUGAAUCAGAUCCCACAUUUUACAAUGAGUUUAAAAACAGUAAACGCUUCAGUGCUAAAGCAGCAAAGGGGAGCUUUAACCUGACUGUGUCACAAGUAGAGCUGUCGGAUUCAGCCACAUACUACUGCGCUAUUACACCCUACAAAGAGAACAGCUUUGGAGAUGGAACCACUUUAAUGGUGACAGGUUCAGAGUCACACAGCAGGGCAGUAGUACUGCAGCAGCCCGAGUCUGAGUCAGUGCAGCCAGGAGACUCUGUGACUCUGCAGUGUACAGUACACACUGAGACCUGUGCAGGAGAACACAGUGUGUACUGGUUCAGACAGGGCUCAGGAGAGUCCCGUCCAGGAAUCAUUUCCACCCAUGGAACUAGGGGUGAUGAGUGCCAGAGGAGCUCUGGGGCUGUGUCUCCCACACAGAGCUGUGUCUACAACUUCCCCAAGAGGAACCUCAGCCCCUCUGAUGCUGGGACUUACUACUGUGCUGUGGCCACCUGUGGGGAGAUCCUGUUUGGGAACGUGACCAAGCUGGACUUUGAGGGGAACAAACAUCUUCCUCUUUAUUGCUUGGCGGGAGGUUUGACGUUGAGUGUGAUCCUAAAUGUUGUCCUCGCUCUGAAAUGGAGAAAAAGCAGUGAGAUUUGCAAAGGGUCUACAUCAAACAACCAAGUGUCCAGAGAAGACUUGUCAAGCAAACAGUGUCAAGAUGAAGCAAUGAAUUACGCUGCUUUGACUUUCACCACCAAGAAACCCAAUGUGAGGAGGAACAAGAGGGAAGUGGAGAAAGAAACGGUUUACUCAGAUAUGAGAUUUAGAGACCGCGAGUGAAGCUUUCCAUAAAAAAAUCUUCAUUUUCAGAUCUGUGAUCUUCACCACAAGAUUUCCUCACCAGAACUGGUAAACAUUAUAAUACGUGGCUGACAAAAACAGUUACAGGAUUUGCCUUGUUUUAAAAUAUGGGCCUCUUCCAGCUGUGUUUGUUCUUAAAUUCUGCUGUUCUUCAAAUAAAUAAACAAACGUUAAAACUU